AUUUCCAAUCAAUAUUAUUAUUUGCUUCCUUAUUUUAGAUGGUAUCAGAGCAGCGGUAGAUUGGCGUCGUGGUCUUCGGAAGAACUUCGCAGACAGCACCAGCGUGCGAGAAGCGGAGCUACACCAUGGCCGACCCAACUUCCGUAUAUUAUUUGGGACCCGGCGAUCAACCCGGUAACCAAAUUACUCAUGUCAUAUUCAAAGGGGACAAUUUCGUGGCGUGGUCUCGGGCUAUCUCUUUGGGUCUCAAGGCACGCCGGAAAUAUGUGUUCAUUGACGGAACAGAAAAAAAACCGACUGAAGCGGCGCAGCUUUCCAACUGGGAGACAGUGAACUCUAUGGUUGUCUCGUGGCUGCUACGGUGUAUGGAUCCGGCACUAGCGGCUUCCAUUCCGUUUCAUGACGAAGCACGCUCAUUGUGGUUAUACCUGGAGAACAGGUUUAGUGUUGCCAACGGCCCACGAUUGCAGCAACUUCGGUCUGCCAUCACAAGCUGCCGGCAAUCGAAGGGAAUGAAGGUGGAUGAUUAUUACACCAAAUUGAUGAGCUAUUUUGAUGAAUUGAACAGGUUAAAGCCAUUGCAUGCGUGUUCUUGCGGGCUCUGUACAUGCGGGCUGGCUGCAAAAUUCGCGGCAGAUCGCGAAGAAGAAAAAUUGCAUCAGUUUAUGAUCGGUAUUGAUGACGAAAUUUACGGGACAGUCCGGUCCAACUUGCUGUCCCACACUCCAAUGCCAGACCUGAAUCGAGCUUACCAAGCUUUUAUACAGGAGGAAAACUCAAGGGCAGCAACUCGCGGAAAGGCAGUUGAAAUUGAUGGCCAAGCUUUCGCACUUCAUCUCGAUCGGCAAUCCAAAGGGAAGCACGAAAAGCCGGACCGAACCAAAUUGCUUUGCACUCACUGCAAGAAGAAAGGACAUGACGUGGGUUCAUGCUUCAAGCUGCUGGGCUAUCCAGAUUGGUGGGAGGAUCGGAACCGGUCAAAUGGCGGGACUAUUGGCCGUGGAGGUGGGGUCAAGACGCAUGCUGUUACCGCAACAGGUGAAGGCUCAACUUCUACGACUGAUGCCAAGGGACUGUCCCAGUUGAGUCAGGAGCAGGUUCAUGCUUUGCUGAACUUACUCAAUAAUGAAACUCGUUCAUCCGAUCGCAUGGCAGGACCGUCCCUCGAGGAGCCUGAUUGGAGCAGGUGAGCGACGAGAUGGGCUUUACUAUUUCCGGAAAGUACCUGCUUUGCAUGCUAUUCACACGUCAGAUUUGCCUGCGUUCGAACUGUGGCACCGACGUUUGGGGCACCCGUCUGACCGCGUGAUUAAAUUAUUGCCUGAUAUUUCUAGUAGUUCUUCUGUCAAACGUUUGAAUAAGCCUUGUGAGGUUUGUCCACAAGCUAAACAAGUGCGUGAUUUCUUCCCUAUUAGUGACAAUAAAGCAAGUAGAAUUUUGGAACUUAUUCAUUGUGAUUUAUGGGGUCCUUAUAAAACCCCUUCUACUUGUGACGCUAUUUAUUUUAUGACUUUGGUUGAUGAUUAUUCCCGAGCUGUAUGGGUUUAUUUGCUGCGUGACAAGACAGAAGUGUAUCGUUCCUUUCUUUC